AUGGGGAGUGGGGUAGGGCAAGGGUCAGGGGGUGGGACGGGGCCUAAAGGGGGUAAAUGGAACACGGUAGCAUGUAGGUUGAGAAUUGGGUCGUGGGAUAUAGGGACGUUGACGGGUAAGUCUAUAGAGCUAGAAAAGAUUCUUCAGAAGAGGAGGGUUAAUAUAGCUUGUGUGCAGGAGAGUAGGUGGGUAGGAUCGAAGGCGAGGAAUGUAGACGGGUAUAAAUUAUGGUUCUCCGGAGUCGUAAAGGGCAAUAACAAAGUUGGAAUUUUGGUGGAUAGGGAGCUUAGAGAGUCGGUGGUAAAGAUUAGAUGGGUGAAUGACAUAUUGAUGGCGAUUAAGGUAAUAGUUGGAGGGAGCACUCUAAAUGUCAUUAGCGCUUACGCGCCGCAAACGAGCUUGGACGAGGAGGUUAAAAGGCGCUUAUGGGAGGCGCUUGAUGAGAUGGUACGGGGUAUUCCACCUACGGAGAAGCUAUUCAUAGGAGGGGAUUUCAAUGGUCAUGUUCAAUCAUCUACUGGUGGCUAUGGUGAGGUGCACGGUGGCUUCAACUUUGGUGAUAGGAACGGGGGUUGUACCUCACUAUUGUAUUUCGCUAGAGCUUUUGAGUUGGUGAUCGUGAACUCUAUGUUUCCGAAGAGGGAGGAACAUUUAGUUACUUUCUGGAGUAUAGUGGUUAAGACUCAGAUUGACUAUCUCCUCCUCAAGAGGUGUGAUAGGGGAUUGUGCGAGCAUUGCAAGGUCAUCCCGAUUGAGAACCUCGCAACUCGACAUAGGCUCCUGGUGAUGGACGUCGGUAUCUUGAUGAAGAGGAAGAAGAGGUUUGUAUGGGAUCAGUCGAGGAUCACGUGGGGAGCAUUGUCUAAGGAUAAUGCACAUGAGUUGGAGAGUCGGCUCACGAAUAUGGGUGCUUUGAAGAGUAGUGGGGGACGCUAG